UACAAAAUGAUUCAGAAAACAAUAAGCGUUUGUGAAACGAACAGAAAAUUGUGAAAUGGCAGAAAAAUCACUUUCCGAUCAAAAUUUACCAGACACAUUCAACGAAAUUUGGAAAUUUUAUGAUUUAUUGGAGAAGACUGAAGAAUCUACUAGUUCUGAUAAAGUGCAGGGCUAUGUAUACCAUGCCUGCGAUAUGUGCAAGAAAGCCAUAAUGAUGGUAAAUAAACUAGAACUGUUCAGCAGAAACGAAGAUAUAGACGAAGUGUCUUCCGGAGAAAUAAAGUAUUUAUUGUUGCCUGGUUUGAUGGGAUAUUUUCUAAUGAAGAAUACAGUAAGAGACAGGCUGAAAGUGGUUACAGAAAGUCAGGAUUUUUACACAGACUUUUUAAAAAUGUGUCGCAGUUAUAAUGUAACAACUUUUGAAGUCCCAGAGAAGAAAGAGGCAACAAAUUCUGAUACUACUGUAGUUGUAAGGACCGCCCCUCCUAGACCUAGUCCAGCAGAUCUACGUGGAAUGUCAGGACAGAGAAAUAAUAAAAUACAAAGAUAUAAAGAACAGAAAGAGCUAGAGAAGAAGUUGCAUGAUUUAAAAGAGGUUGUGGAACAAGAUCAUGUUGAUGAUGAAGUUAAGAGAGAAUAUUACCUCACAUUAUUAAGAAGAUGGGUGAACAUUUGUAUAGAUGAGCUAGACAGUAUUGAAGGGGAAAUAGGUAUUUUAGAGCUUAUGGCUAAAAGAAAGGGAGAUAAAUCACACAGUGAACCUCCGAAAAAAGUAGAAGAUCAAAGUUCAGCACCCCUCCGUCCAUUUAUUAUAACUAAAGAUAUGAUACAGAAACAGAUAUAUGGUCUGGGAUAUCCUGGUAUACCCACCAUGACUAUAGAGGAAUUCUUUGAUAAAAAAGUUGAGGAGGGAACAUUACAUGCUCAUACAGGUGGACACAGUAUGGAAGACUGGGCGAAGGAUCCGGAUAAAGAUAAAGUAGAACAAGAGAAGGAAGAGGCUGAGAAAGAAACCCGUCUAGAGAAUGAUGAUCCUGAUGAACUCAAGAAAGCCAGAGACUGGGACGAGUAUAGGGAUGAUCAUAGAAGAGGAUGGGGUAACAGAAAGAAUCGACAUUGAGGGGACGCAUGGUCUAAGCUGUAGAAUCAACAAAUUUUACACUGUGAUAAAUAUAACAUCAUGAAAUAAUCAUAACACUUUUACAUAAAUAAAUCAUCUAACUUUUUGUUUAAGGUCACCUUAAACUAUAAAUACUAUAAUUAGAGGAUAAUUUUAUCAAACUCUCAUUUUGAAGAGAGGAAUGAUGGUGGCCUGGUGAUUAAGGAAACUGCCACACAAUGCAUGGAUGGUGGGGUUAAGCUCUGCUAGGGUCACAACAAUGUAUCCUUAGAUGAGACCCAGUACUGGUAAGUUCCAGGAAGCAGAAUCAAGAUUGGGUCAUAUAAGUUUCCAGCAAUCCCUACAAUCUUGAUAAAUCAUUAAUGUUAAAUUCUUGCCCUAGUGGAACAUAAGUGGGCUGCCAUUGCCAUUAGUAUAGAACCAGGCCAGCCUGACCAGGCUUUGUACUGUUGUAUUAUCAACUUUGAUAUUCUUAAGAUUAAUAGUCUGUUAAAAAAGGUCUGCAAGUUCAUUAGUAUAUUGUUUUGUAAUUGCAAGUGUGUGAUUGAAUUCUGCCAAAUAAUCAUGUAGUAACACUCAUGGUGAACUUGUUUUAAAUGAUAUAAAGGAUUUCAUUCAAGUGAAUUUAAUAAGUACCAGUUUUAUUGUUAGUUAUCUUCUUUUGAAGGUACCAAUAAUUUAUUUUGGAUAUGGAAAUCAGGUACAGAUCUGUUUAAACAAUCAACACAUUAUUUCUGUAUUUACAUGUGUAAAUGAAAUGUCUUACUUUUGUCAUUUGUUAUAAAUGUAAGCCAAUGCAUCAGAAUGAGAUUUUACUGUUGUAAUAAAUGUGUGUAAGAGUUA